AGCGGAGCGGUGCCGGAAGCAGCCGGCAGACGAGGCCUCGUGGAAAGGACGGCGGCAUGGGACAGUCGGGGAGGUCCCGGCACCAGAAGCGCGCGCGCGCCCAGGCCCAUCUCCGGAACCUCGAAGCCUAUGCCGCGCAGCCGCACUCGUUCGUGUUUGCUCGGGGCCGCGUGGGUCGCAGCGUCCAGCAGCUCAGUAUGGACUUGAGGCGGGUCAUGGAGCCGCUCACCGCCACCCGCCUGCAGAUACGGAAGAAAAACUCUCUGAAAGAUUGUGUAGCAGUGGCUGGGCCCCUUGGGGUCACACAUUUCCUGAUUGUGAGCAAAACAGAGACCAACGUCUACUUUAAACUGAUGCGUCUCCCAGGAGGCCCCACCCUGACCUUCAGGAUCAACAAGUACACGUUGGUGCGUGAUGUGGUCUCCUCACUACGCCGGCACCGCAUGCAUGAGCAGCAGUUUGCCCACCCACCCCUCCUGGUGCUCAACAGCUUUGGCCCGCAUGGCAUGCAUGUGAAGCUCAUGGCUACCAUGUUCCAGAACCUGUUCCCCUCCAUCAACGUGCAUAAGGUGAACCUGAACACCAUCAAGCGCUGCCUUCUCAUCAACUACAACCCUGACGCCCAGGAGCUGGAUUUCCGUCACUACAGCAUCAAGGUGGUCCCUGUGGGUGCCAGUCGUGGGAUGAAGAAGCUUCUCCAGGAGAAGUUCCCCAACAUGAGUCGCCUGCAGGACAUCAGUGAACUGCUGGCCACGGGCGCAGGGCUGUCGGAGAGUGAGGCAGAGCCCGACGGCGAGCACAACAUCACAGAACUGCCGCAGGCUGUGGCAGGGCGUGGUAACAUGCGGGCCCAGCAGAGUGCCGUGCGGCUCACAGAGAUUGGGCCUCGGAUGACGCUGGAGCUCAUCAAGAUCCAAGAGGGGGUCGGAGAGGGCAACGUGCUGUUCCACAGGCUCGUGCACAAAACAGAGGAGGAGCUCCAGGCCAUCCUGGCUGCCAAGGAGGAGAAGCUGCGGCUCAAGGCCCAGAGACAGGACCAGCAGGCCCAGAAUGUUCGGCGCAAGCGGGAGCAGCGAGAGGCUCACAAGAAGAAGAGCCUGGCAGGCAUGAAGCGGGCGCGGGCAGAGGCCGAUGGGGACAGUGAUGCAGAGGACCCUGGGGCCCCGCCAGAGGCAGAGGGGACCAGCCAGCAAGAGGAAGAAGAGGAUGAGGCUGAGUAUUUCCGCCAGGCUGUGGGCGAGGAGCCUGAUGAAGACAUGUUUCCAAAGGCAGCCAAGAGGAGGCGGCCCACUGGGCCCCCAGGCAAGAAGCAGCGGCUGAAGGAACGGAAGCCGGACCGAGGUGCCAUGCAGUGCCCAGUCAACUUCUCGGAGGCUGCAGAUCGCCUCCUCAGUGGCCUCCAAGAGGGCUUUCUGUGGCCCAUGCUGGCAGCCGAGUUCCUGGUGGCCUUGGCCGGCAACAGCCUGGCCCUGUACCGGUUCUGCAGCCGGGAGCAGCGCCCUUGGCCCCCAGCUGUGAUCUUCUCGGCCCAGCUGGCAGUCAGCGACCUGCUCUAUGCCCUGACGCUGCCCCCCCUUGCUGCCUACUUCUACCCGCCCAAGCACUGGCGCUACGGGGAGGCUGCCUGCCGCCUCGAGCGCUUCCUCUUCACCUGCAACCUGCUGGGUAGCGUCAUCUUCAUCACCUGCAUCAGCCUCAACCGCUACAUGGGCAUCGUCCACCCCUUCUUCACCCACAGCCAACUGCGGCCCAAGCACGCCUGGGCUGUCAGCGCCGCUGGCUGGGCGCUGGCGGUCCUGCUCGCUGCCCCCACGCUCAGCUUCUCUCACCUGAGCAGGUCCCAGCGCCAAGGCCAGUGCUCUGUGACCAGCCCAGGGGCCUGUACCAAGUGCCUGGGGACGGCGGGUGACAGCCAGCUCGAGGCCUACCGGGUCUACAGCCUGGCGCUGGCGGCCCUGGGCUGCGGCCUGCCGCUGCUGCUCACCCUGGCAGCCUACGGCGCCCUGGGGCGGGCCGUGCAGCACAGCCACGGCAUGACAGCAGCCAACAAGCUGCAGGUGACGGUGCUGGUGGCCAGCGGUGUGGCUCUCUAUGCCAGUUCCUACGUGCCCUACUAUAUCACGGCAGUGCUCAACGUGUACGCCCGGCUGCACUGGCAAGCCCUCUGCCCAGGUUUUGCAAGUGAGGCCGCGGCUGAGAAGGCACUGGCCCGAAGGACAUACUUGGCCCACCAGGUGACACGGGGCCUUGUACCCCUAGCCAUCUGCAUCCACCCGCUACUCUACAUGGCUGUGGUGCCCAGCCUGGACUGCUGCCGCCAACGCUGCGGGCAGGGACAGACCCCAAAGGACACCACGUGCUCCAGCCAAGCCCUGCCCCUCAAUGUCACAGCCACCCCCCAAACCUCAGGGCUCCAGUCCCCCGAGCUGAGCCCGUGA